AUGAAGCCGUCAAUACAUUGCAUAGCACCGAAAUGUAAUGUAAUUGUUGCCUGCCUAGUGCCAAGUAAAACACACAUGCCGCUCCCCAUGGCAAGAAAGCAGGCAUCAGAUAUUCUGUCGUCAGCAAGAUCAGAAAACUCUCUGUACAACCUUACAAAGAGAUUCCUGAAGCUUGUGGAUGCGUCGCCCGACCGCAAUGUAAACAUCCACCAAGCAUCCAUAGAGCUGAAUGUAGGCAAAAGACGCAUAUAUGACAUUACAAACGUGCUAGAGGGUCUUGGGCUGUUGAGCAAGUGGUCUGUAAGCAGUGCGAAGUGGAUUGGCGGAAACAUCAGCAAGUACAUAAGUGAGGAUGAAGACGAAAACAGCGGGAGAGACAACAAAAGCCACAAGAGCACGGCGAAUAAAAAGGAUCUGGAUGAUGUUCUCAGCAAUCUCAACGAGGAGAUCUCUUUGCUUUCUGAAUCUGAAAAAAAUCUUGCAAAUGCAUAUGUUACAUACGCAGAUCUUCAAGGGCUUUGCUCGUUGAGCGACAGCCUUGUGUUUGCAGUAAAGGCGCCUUCUGAAACAACAAUGGAGUAUCCAAGGCUGGAAAAGGGCGUCUAUAAGCUCAGGCUGAGCUCUGAACAGGGUGCAAUCAGCAUAUUCUAUGUUUCUGAUGAGAAGCGAGAUUGA